GCAGGGUUUUUUAUAUAAUUCGUCGAACUCACAGGAAGUUUUCAUUAGUAGUAUGUUUGGUAUUGAAACCGUACGGACAUAAAUGUUAAUAAUUGCGCGGUGUUUGGAGAAAAGUUGUAAAAAGAAAUUUUAAAAAUAUAAUUAUAUAACAAACGUUUUCAAAUCUACUUAAAUAAGUCCUUGAAAAGAAAAUGUUCAUAAAGUCAAGAAAAUAUUUAGUAAUUUUUUUCAUUAAUUUUGUGUUAAUGAUUUACACUGCAACAGCAACCAGCAGAAAUAAGAAUGAUGAUCAGCAACAACAAGAGACUCAGAAAGAAAUUUGGGAGCAACAUCUUACAGAUACAUUCAAAAUUGAAGGGUCCGAUCAAGGGAUACAAAAGGUUAAUUUGAAAUGCGGAUCCAACUCGAUGCAUAUCAUGUUAGAAACUGAAAAGCCAUUCACCGGUGUCAUGUAUACAAGAGGAAGUUUUUAUAAACAAACAGCGCCAUGUUUUGUCAAACCGAGCUCGUCAAGUGUUCGUUCGAUUGAGAUGACGUUCCAAUUGAAUCAAUGCCAAACAAUUAAAGAAGGUGAAUUGUACACUAAUGUUGUGGUCAUACAAAAUGAUCCAGAACUUAUAACACCGGGUGAUUCGGCAUUUUCAUUGGAAUGUGAUUUCCGAAGUCCGCGAAAUCUGGAUGUUAAGGCCGAUAUGCAAACUAGAGAAAGAAUUGUUUUCGGUUCAAAAAUUUCAUUGACAACUCCAGAUCAAUCGGCCAUACCGGAAGGCUUAAUAAACCCUUCGGUAAACAGCUCUUCAGAUACAGUCGUAUAUAUAACUAAAAAAAAUAAUAGUCAAAAUAUUAUACACGAAGAUGCUCCCGAAUACAUACACAUACACAUGGGUAGCGUGGAACAAGUCGAACUACCCCUAAAUGCAAGAGAUGAACUGUAAAGUGCAUACAAAUACACUAAAAAAGCAAAAGACACAAAUCCUUACAUUCCUAUCACACAUGUCUUAAAAAUGCAUGAAAACUAAUCACAGGUGAGGUCAUUAUCCAUGUUGAAAAUUCUUGCAUAAAUCGGAUAAAAAUUAUUUGGUUUCUUAAUGGAAAAUAUGUAAAUAAAUGAAACGCAUUUUAGUAUUUGGACUUAUAAUUAUGAAAAGUAUAUUAAUAUAUUUUUUACUUAAACUCUCAGCCAAAUUGUAGAAGAUUUUCAAUUUGAUAAUACAUUUUUUCAGUAAAUUCGUAAAAUGCUUUCAUGCUUUAGCUGGAAAUCUGAAAUCGCAAAUCUUCUAUUAGUCUAGAUUGCAUAAAAAACAUGCUAUUAAUAAGUCAAUGAGCGAAUUGACAUAUUAAACACUUUGAUUUAUAAUUACUUAACACAUUUGGAUCACACGGAAAAAUGGAAGUUUUUUUUUUUCUUAUCACCAAAAUUUUUCUUCUUUGAAACUUCGAUUCUUUUCGCUAAAUCGAUUAAUCUCAGUUAUAAUAUGUUCAAGUAUUUCCUUUGUCCAAAACAAUCCCUAAACGUCAUCCCUAG